UACAUUUGUGUUCGUGGCUGUUCGUGCUUGACAUUUUAGACGUUGAAAGAUAAUCAUGUCACACGCGUCACUGCUUAUUUUGUGGUGCUCUCCAUUAAACGUGUCAGCCUUCGCGGGGCGUUGUAGCUGUGAUGCUAGUGCUAGAGCUAAGGCUCCGAGCAGCAGUUAGCCUUAUCUCAGAAGCCAGACACGCGCAGUUACUGGCCAUGUAACGGUCUGUGAUUAAGAACGACCGAGCCCAGUUGUGGGACGAGCUGGUGCUGCGAUGCUGUCAUAUCUUCUGCUGGCUCCGCUGCUCUUCUUGAACGGCUCCGUUGCGCUACACACAGACAGACCCCUAGGUUUGUUCGCAUCCGUGUCCAACAUGACCGUGGACUGGGUUGGAUACGGAUACGCGGCCCUCGUCGCGUCCGGGGGAGUCGUGGGCUACGUGAAAGCAGGUAGCGUCCCCUCCCUCGCUGCUGGCCUCCUGUUCGGUGGACUUGCGGGUUACGGCGCCUACCAGAUCUCCAAUGACCCGAACAAUGUUUGGGUCUCCCUCGUGACAUCGGGAGCCCUGUCCGGCCUCAUGGGGAAAAGAUUCUAUGCGUCCAGAAAGUUCAUGCCGGCGGGUUUGGUGGCUGGAGCAAGUCUUCUGCUAGUGGGGAAGCUCAGCCUGACGUUGCUCCAGAGGCCUCAAGAGUCCUGAUGGCAGCGAAGAUGUUACCGUGUGUCUGCUUUUCUUCAUUUAACCUCAUUCAUCAUUUUGUAAGUGAAUGGAAUCAAAAUAGUAAAAUAUGUAUUGAAUAAGAA